CAGAAUUGUGUCUUCAUUGUUCGAUAAAAAAAUAAACUCAGUUGAUUUUAGUCAGUUGCUUAAGCAAGAGUUCAAUUUCAAUGGACUUCGCUCAUGCGGGUUGUGUUUUGAGGGUGGACAUGGGUUGUGAAGGAUGCAAAUAUAAGAUGUUUGAAGUUCUCCAUUCCGUCAUCGGAGUGUACAAUGUGGACAUGGAUGGCGAAAAUGGGCUAAUUAGGGUUUCAGGAGAGGUUGAUCCUAACAUGCUUCUGCAAGCCCUAGCAAGAUAUGGAAGACAUGGAGAAGUUGUUAGGGUUAAUUUCAAGCAUCCAGAAUGGACCAGGGUCAAUAAUUUCCUCGGUGUCCAUGGCUUUAAUUCUUCUAGUUUGGGUUGCAAUUUUCCAAGAAGCUUGUCCGGUGACCAUUAUUCACCGAUUUUCAGCUCCGAUUAUCCCAUUCGCAGCAGUGGCUUAGGCUGCGAAUUGCCUCGUCGCCGCCACGUGCCACUGUACUCCCGGGGCUACAACUAUUGUAAUUGUCGCACCAAUUACUUUAGUAACUACAUCUAAGAUGGAAAUUAAUCCCCGGGAUAUGCAUAUGUUUUUGUUCUUAGUUUCUCUAAGAACAAGAAAUUAGCGUUAUUAAUUAAUCCACCUAGUAUUUUACUCCUAGGUGUUGAUUUCUUAGGGCUUAAUUUGCAGAUUGAACUAUUUAUAGUUUGUGGUCUUCUUUUUCAUCUUUGUUUACCAUUUG